AGGAUGUUUCAAGGAGCCGGUGGAUUUGGUGGUGGAUUUGGUGGUAACUCUGCCAACACUGGAGGGGGAGGUUUUGGAGGAGGUAACACUGGGGGCGGUUUUAACGCUGGAGGAGAUCAAAGCUUCACUUCGCCCGGAGGAAGCCGGAAACCAGAAAGCUCUAACAAACCUACGAGUUUGAUGCCAGUAACGGUAGCCAUGAUGCUCCAGGCUGACCACAACCCUGCUGACGACAUUUUCAACUACAAAGGAGUAGAUGUUCAUCUGGUAACGUUUGUAGGUAUGGUAAGGGACAUUAUAGAGGCUUCAACCAGCAUCACCUACAAGAUAGACGAUUACACUGGACCUCCUAUUAGUGUGAGAAAGUUCAUUCAGGAGGGAGAGGAGGAUACAAGCAAUAUGACCCGUACCCACACCUAUGUUCGGGUGUACGGUCACCUCCGCUCCCUCAACGACCAACGAAAUGUGAUCGCAUUCAAGGUUGCUCCCCUGGAGUCCCACAACGAGAUCAGCAAUCAUAUCCUGGAGGUGGUCAGAUCUCAUCUGAAGUUGAAGAAGGGAUUAUCCGCUCCGGGAGGUAUGGCUGGUGCUGCCAACGGGACCUUUACAAAUGGAAACUCUCACUCCAACGGAAACGACUCAACAUCUGGACUUGGGCCAGCUCAACAGUCGGUGUUUGACGCACUGAAGAAGUCGUCCUCGGAUAUAGGGAUGAGCGUGAUGGAGAUGUCUAAGAUAACAAGCCACCUCUCAGUCACUCAGAUUCGGAGUGCUAUUGACUUUCUGAGCAACGAAGGCCACAUCUAUUCAACUGUUGACGAUGAGCACUACAAGCUGACAGACUACUGCUGAUAUGCUGAUAAACAAACUCAAAUUGCUAGGAUACUCCGUAGAAGCUUAUUAAAUCAGUUUCAGCCUCUUUUGGAUAAGCAGAGGAUGUUUGUUUGUUCGGUUAUAAUGAUAUUUGGUAAACGUUCAGCGGUUUUAUGCAUGGGCUGCUAUGAUUCCUUGAUCUGUUCAUAAGAUCCUUUAACAGUAAUUUUUACCUGUCAUUUCCCUCUUCUCAGUAAAAUGAUCUUUUUAACAUCCCAUUUUAAAUUCAAAAUCAAUAAUUACGUAUAAUUUUAAAUUAUAUUGACUUAUUUAUUUUAAAACUUUCCAUAUUACAUUUCAC